AUGGGAGGUGGUGAGAAGCCACCUCCCAAACGCUUGUGCAAUCGGUGCGACAAGUACGAGGUCCGGGAGUUGAAUACCUCGUUGUGUUUGGUCUGCCGGCGCACCUACCAGCUGGGAGCGACCAUCAACCAGGUGUUUCCGGCUGCAGGGGAACACCUGGCUUUGAAGUUCCUGGACCGCGUCUUUGACUGGCUUCAGGAGACUGUCAAGGAGGCGGAGGAGAUCCAGCGUGAAAGCUUGUUGAAAGGGAGCGGUGGUGACGCUCCCAGAACUUCAGGUGUCGCCUCAGCAGCCAACGAAGAGCCCUUGAAGAGAAAGACUGUUGAAAGCCCUCAGAAGAAAGCAAGCCAAUCCGAGACCAGCCCAAAGAAAGGAUCCAGCACUACCUCAGCCUUAGCAGAAGGCCGCGAAGAGCUGGCCCAGAGGGAGGCCAAUGAGCAAAGGGAGCGGAUCGACCGGAGCGAGGCUGUGGCGGCGCCGAGUGAGCCCCGAGCAGUGCUCGCCGUGGAGGCAUCACCUCCAAAGCAGAUGGAACCACAUGGCCAGGUUGAAGAGUUUGCUCAACAGGCAGACACGGAGGACAAGGCUGCAGUUGGUGAGGAUAUUCCAAAGGCAGUCCAAGCAUCCCAGCUCAUUCCCAGUUGCCACAAGAGUCGCCUGCCUCGCGCGCGCGCCUUAAAGGCUGCGCCUGUCACCCUGCUGCGACAGGUGUCAAAGGAGAUGGCGCCAGACAAGUCGACCUUGGCAUCGGAGCAUGAGGCUUCUCCUCCAAAUACACCAACUAUCAAUCCUGAAAAGCACAUCAUUGAGGUGUACAACUGGAACCUCGACCAUGAGUUUAAUAAUCUAUUGGCAGCUGCGUCUGGAGAUGCCAGCGGUAAUGCGAUUCUCGCUAUUGACAUGGAAUUUCCAGGUUUUCUACGUCAGGAGCCGCGCAUCUGUGCGCGGGCUGCGAGGUACCAGACUGUGCGUGAAAAUGUAGACCGUUUGCGCCUCAUUCAGUUGGGGGCAGCGGUGGCGGAUGCCGAUGGCACGGUGCGAGGUGCUUGGAGCUUCAAUUUGAAGUUUGACAUCGAGGUCGAUCUUCACACCGAGAAGUCCAUGCAAUUCUUGCGAGCGGCCGGGCUUGACUUUCCGCGCCACAAGAAGGAAGGCAUUGACCCAGUCGUCUUGGGCCGGAAGCUGGCAAAUUCCUCGCUGGUGGGGCAGCGCGCCCCAAGCUGGGUGACUUUCGCAGGUUCGUAUGAUUUGGCCUACCUACUUAAGCUUUUAACAUCUGGCCAGCCCCUGCCCAGAGACUAUCACUCCUUUGAUGUGCAGCUCAGUAUUUUCUGCCGACGGCACCACGAGCUUCGUGAUGUGCUGCCUUCUGGCUCCUUGGAUGCCUGGGCUAGGUAUUUUGCCGUGCAACGCUACGGACGGUCCCACACAGCUGGCAGCGAUGCCUUGCUGACUCUGAACCUCUUCCUUUGCAUCAUGGCAAUGGGAACGAAUUGUUUUCAAACCACAGACAGGAAAUGGGAUGCAUGGCAGUGGCAAGAGCAGUGGGACGCGCAGUGCUGGGAGAUGGCUCAACAAGCAAGGUGGCAGGCUGCUGCAUGGCAAUACCAAGCCAACUCUGCCUACUACACUGCCUUGUCCACACAGCCACCAGCGCCGUGGCAUGCCUUCUCCCAGGGACCUCCUGUUCCAGCACUGCAUGGUGGACUGCCGAUGCCAGCAGCAGCUUUUUGGAAUUCGGCCAGCCCCUUCUCGAUGAACCAGGAUGUCAGAAACAAAUUUCAGAUCUGA